AUCAUUAAAUGUUUGAAUAGAAAAAUCGUGUCUGAAUCAAAUCGUGACCCUAAAGAUCAGAAUCAAAUCGAAACACUGAACGAUUCUCUCAGAAGCUCUUUUCAGAUGAACAAAGUGAAGUUAGCAGGUCAUGUGGUGGUGAGGGAAAACGCAGCAGGCUCAGGAUGAGAGGAGAAAUGAUGGUUUUAAUAAAGUAAAUGCAGAAAAUAACUCAGUCCAAUAUAAUCCAAAAUGCCGGGCAGAAACCAGGGCUCGACGCCGGUAGCAACCGGUUAAACCAAGGAUCAGACUGACAGAGCACACAGAAACGGACGACUAGACGCCAAGUGCGACAAGGACCCGACAGAGACACAGCGACACUAAAUACACAGGAGGUAAUCAGAGAAUGAGACACACCUGGGAAUAAUCAAGGGGAGACGGGACAACAUGGAGACUCAGGGACACAGAGAAACUCAGAUCACAACAGGUCAGGGUUUUACAGAUCGGACAGAAAACAUCCAUCAGUGCAGCUCUGGAGAAAACUGAGAUGUUUGUAACGUUUAAACCGUUCAUGACCUGCAGCUCCACACUGAAGAAAUGGGAAAGUGACCCUGAGACGGACAUGGUGAUCAUCAAGGCAGCAGGAGGGAAAGCGUUCUGUGCUGGAGGCGACAUCAGAGCCGUGACAGAAGCAGGGAAGGUCGGGGAUUCCCUCGCGCAGGACUUUUUCCGGGAGGAAUACAUGCUGAACAACUCCAUAGGAUCCUACAGGAAGCCGUAUGUCGCCAUUAUUGAUGGAAUAACAAUGGGAGGGGGCGUCGGUCUGUCGGUCCACGGACGCUUUCGGGUCGCCACUGAGAAGACGCUGUUCGCCAUGCCGGAGACCGCCAUCGGGCUUUUCCCUGAUGUGGGAGGCGGCUACUUCCUGCCGAGGCUGCGGGGGAAACUGGGGCUGUUCCUCGCCUUGACGGGCUUCCGGCUCAAAGGACGGGAUGUCCAGCGCGCCGGCGUCGCCACUCACUUCGUAGAGUCUAAGAAGAUCCCAGAGCUGGAGCAGCGACUCGUUGGCCUGAAGUCUCCAUCGGACUCAGACGUGUCCCGACUGCUGGAGUCCUUCCAGGCGCAGAGUGAUCUGGACUCUGAUAAACCGUUCAUCUUGGACAAACAUACCUCUGAUAUUGACAGGAUGUUCGGCUCCAGCAGCGUGGAGGGAAUCCUGCAGAACCUGAAGGCCGACGGCUCCGACUUCGCUAGGAAACAAGUCGAGAUUCUGUCCAGAAUGUCUCCCACGUCGCUGAAGGUCACCUUCAGGCAGCUGCAGGCCGGCGCCGCCAUGAGCCUGCAGGACGUGUUGGUGAUGGAGUACCGGCUGAGCCAGGCCUGCAUGAGAGGCCAUGACUUCUACGAAGGCGUUCGGUCAGUUCUGAUCGACAAAGACCAGAACCCGCGCUGGAGUCCGCCGUCGCUGGACCAGGUUUCCGACCGUUUCGUGGACGAAUGCUUCGCCUCGCUGGGGGAGAAGGACCUGAGGUUCUGACCAACCCACCGCCAGGCCUCGUCUGAACCAUCAGAACCAGACUCCUGGAUCGGAGCAGCUCUCUGGAGCCGGCAGAGGAAGUGACCUCGCCGCUGAGUGCUUUAUGACAUUUCCCCUGGGUGUUUGCUGAUGCCACUCGGAUCGCUCUCCUCUGGUUUCCUGGUUUCACUCUCCAACACAAACACUCAUGAUUUAGUUCUUUUUUAAUUAUUAAUAAUGCAGCAACAGGAUUUAUUAGUGACUGUAGAAAAAUCAAAUAUAGUUUCAUUAAACUGAAAUCUGUUUUCUGGUUUAUUUCUAAUCAGCUAAUUGUUCUGUGGUGAAACCACUUCCCAAACAGACAGCGUCUCCAGCUCUGCAUUAUUUAUGAGUCAGAAGCAGAAAGCAAUAAAAAACGUUUAUUACGUAACCGACAUUUUUUCAAGGUAAAAACAGGAAGUGAUGCGUUUGGAUGUCUUAUUUUAAAGUUUAAUUACCAGAUCAUCUGUUGCUCACCGGAUCCUGGAAUAUGAUCAAAAUAAAUCAAAUAAAAUCA